CGAAGAUUCAGCUUGGGGCUUGCCUUGCUCCAACAGAAAGAAAGAUCUCUCAUUUGAAACUCUCCCUGCAUGUUCUUGUGCACCACGGUUUCACACUGUAAGGCAUUUUCUCCAGCCCUCAAGGCACGCGGAUAAGAAAAUUAUUAUUUAUCGGAGGAUUUUCCCUGUAAUUAUUAUCUCAAGCUUUUGUUGUGCUGUUAAGUUAUUGAGCAACAGUGUGCAUGGCAAAACACAGCCCAGGCUGUUUACUCAGGCACCCGUAGCUACUAGACACUGCAUUUAAAGGAAGAUAUUAAGCAGCAGAAUUAAUAACAGAAUUCUCCUAGGCAGUUUUUCUCCGAACGUAACACGACAAGCCAUAUAGCCCUUAUACAAAUAUUUUAGAAUGAACAUAAUUAACUCCCUGUGCAUUUUCAGGGCAGUAAAUCACUGCUAAGCUUAUAGUGAACCCAGAAACCGAGUGAUUUUCCUUGGAACAACAGAGACUGAGACUCUGCUGGAGGAAGCCUGAUUUCUGAGUGAUGAUAUGUCUACUGAUGGUUAACCACGAGUAUGGCUGUGAGGUUUCACUUGGCCUGGAGAUGAAACCCUCACUUCCAGCAUUCUCCUCUUCUAGGGGGAAGGACACGGUAUAAAGUCUGAACCCAAACUCCAAUCCCAGUUUUGAAGCCUGAGCCAACCCUUGAUUAAGUCCGGCCAUUCUUCAGAGGGCCAGCUGAAGGAAGUGUUACAUCUGACAACACAUGCAAAUUGCUGCUUUUCGCUCCUAAUUCAAGCCUCAUGUGUUAUUAGCAACAGCACGCUGACAUUUUGGACCCGUCUGAGUGAUGAGAGGUUGGCACGGGCCCGCAGCUGAUAGCAGGGCGAAGGAGAGGAGCAGUGAGAAGGCACCGGCCUGGAACGGGGCCAUCGGCAGGGAGCUUUGCUUGGGCUGGGAGCACAGGGUCAGCGGGGACUUAGCCCAGCAGGAGAACCACAUCAGCCCCUUGGCACAAGAGCACAGCAUAGAGUAAAAUUUUGGGGCUAGAAUCUGUCAUUUGGGGUCGGCUGAUGGUUUUUCUGGGCAGAGCUGUUCUGCAAGCAGCCGAGCUCCCAGCUGCAAGCAGCCAUGCUUUUCAUCUCCGCAUCUACUCGCUCCAAGGGAAAAGCUGGAUAAAAGUGCCCAUAGCCAGAGCACAACCAGACGCCGCGAGAAGCCUGCCCGGGGCCAGGUGCGGCGGUGGCUGGCUGCCGUCCGUCUGUCCGUCCGUCCGUGGGCGCCUGGGGCCGGAGCCAGCGGCCGCGGGGCAGCCACACCUGAGCCCAGACAGCUCCCGGCUUUGUGGUCUGACAUUUUGCCCAGCGUCCUGCCUGGACACCGGGGGCGGGUGGCAAGGGGGGGCGGUGACGUUUGUGAGCUGGGCAAGCGUCACCCAGCUUAACCUCCCUGCCCGCUGGGGCCGGGGGAGCGGGUCCCCAACAGGGUGCAGAGGGGCACCCACUGCCAUCCCCUGGGCAUCAGCAGCCCCAGCAGCCCAGAGCCAUCGUCCUUGGGCACCCAAAUCAAGACCACGAGGGCUGGGUGACCUGUGGCACGUUUUAGCAGUCGGUCCCACCUGUGGGUGGGUCUCAGUCGGUGAGAGCAAGGGGCUGGAGGCAGCGCUGCAGGAAAGCAAAGAAACGGGAGGAUGGGUGGGUGCCAGUGCCAGCCUGCGGGGGGGUCCUGUAAAAGGCAGCACGUGCCCUCUGCUAGAGGGAAGGGGAAACCCUUGGUAUGUGCACAACACCGAUUACCUUUUGUAAUUUCUGAUAAAUGCUGUAAACAGCACCUUAAAGCACGGACAGGAGCAGAUCCCUUGCUGGGGAGGGAGCACGCCGCGGGAGCAGGAAGGAGCAGCAGCCACCCCCGGCUCCCCCCAGCCCCCAGGCAGCUGCAUCGCCUCCGGCUCCAAAGCCCAGAGGUGAAAGGUGCCCCCUUGCAACACAUCUCCCACCUCCUCCUUCGCUGGAGAAACUGAGCUCUUGUGCUCUGUCCAGGGUGUUCUUUCCAUGAGACAGGUCCCACACAUCUGGCGAGCACCGAGAUUAAUGAUUAAAUCCCGCACACGAGGCCAUGGGAUUUGCAUCUGCAGCCAGCGCUGCUCAUGGACGUGUCCACAUGCUUGGUCCGGGCCCAGCCAGGCCACGGGGAACGAGACCCUCCUGGCAGAGCUCCUGCUCUCCGGCUGGACCGACUUCAGGAGCUGGGGCUGUAAUUAAGUUAAUCACCAGAUUGCAGAAGGGUGUGGGUGGGGAGGUAGGAGAGGCUGGAAGGUAAUUAGAAAGCAGAUCAUCACUUCGUUUUCCUGUCUCCCCACCGAUGCCACCGUUCUGCUGAGAUGUUGUGCUGGACGUCCCAGCCCGGAGAAGUGCAGCAAUCACACACGACUUUGAAGGGAAACGUUUGGCUGCCGGCAGGCCAUUCCCAGGGGGCUGCACACAGCUCUGUCCCUGGGACGUGCACGCUUCUCCAAGGGCUUCCCCGUGGGGCACAAAGAGGGGACGGGAGCUGAGGCAGUGUCGGGAGGGUUUGACAUGGCCAUGGUGAGGCCGACCUUACGGCGUCCCAGCGCUGUGCUGAGGGUGGAGAGCAGGAGAUGGCGACUGUGGGCAGAAGUGAAAUUAAUUCCUACAGCUUUGGUCACAUGUUAGACCACAAAUUCCACUUACAAAGGGUAAAACCUGACUGAUAAAAACGCCAUUAAGCUGCUAAUUCUAUUGCUAGAAAUAAAACCUUCUUACCAUAAACACUGACUAGAAACAAGCCAAUGCUUCCUGCUGAUAUGCACAAAACGAUCUGUUACAUAUUUACCGUAGGCUUUGCCUACUCGUUUAUUAAGUCCUCCUCUGAGGAUCCGAGGAACCACGGCCGUGCCUUGCACCUCCAGCCGUGCUCCUGGGCCGCCCCAGCCUGCUGGCUGUGCCCAUCACAGCCCCGACUCCACCACGCUGCAGGUCCUGGAGCCACCCGUGCACGAGGAAACCUCUUGCUGAGCUCUGAUCCUGCCUGCAUCUAGCAUGGCCUGUUAUUCCUGGGUGAGGAAAUCCGUCCCACACAGCGGAUCUCUAAGACUUGCAAUUAAUAAAAUCCCUGUUUAUCCAAGCAAUUUUCUCUCGGCAGGCUUGGGCAGCUCUUGGAUCACCCCAGCCAGCUCCCUGAAGCCAUAUCUGUCAGCCCUCGUGCUUCAGGAAUCCACCAGGGCAGACAAUGCAUGGAGGAAAGCCAGAGCCUAAAUUAUUUAAAAUAUUUUACCUGUUGUAACCAUUCUCAUACAUCCUAUCUAAAUUUCCUGGGAAGAGAGCUGCCUGAAGCCAAAAGCGGGACUGGGAAAUGAGCCCAUCAGGAGGCAGCGCAGUCUUGUGGCACCCUGGGAUAAAUAUGAUUUCUGUUUUAAUGGAGAAAAUAACACGUUCCAGAGUGAAACCAAUUGCAGUGUUCCCACUGAACUCACCAGGGUCUAAUUCUGAGGACACUGAUCUCAUUAAGUGGAGUCUGAGAAAACCCUAACAAAUCCUGAGUUUGGCUGUCUUUUGUUUGGAGCUUUCUCUACGAUCAUCAUCUGAUCAUCUAAACGACAAUUGUUAUUAACUGCACUUUUCGCCAACGCCUCCAAACUUGUUCUGAAGGGAUGCUCAACAGAGCCCAUCCAGAACAUUUCUUCCCAGUCCUAUAAAAGGAUUGUAUCCAAAGCCAAGAACAGUUUCAAUGAAUUUGAGUUGUUCUAGGCCACGGUUAGUGAGACGUUUCUGGGUUCCUACGAGCAGCAGCCGGGUGCUUUACAAUGAAGACAGAAAGGGCUCACCUUACCUGGCCGCCCCGCGAAUCCAGGGAUCACUCGCAAUCCUGCAGGCUGCCAACCUCUCACCAGCACCAUCUUUGUAAAGGGAGCAAAGGGGGAAACUGUGCCUUUUGGCCAGUGAACCUGUACUGAUUUUAAAACGGGAAGGGACGAGGAGCCCCCUGCUCACUGCCCCAGCGCACCCGCUGGCUUCUCAGCUCACGCAGGGCUCACCUGGCGCUGGCAGCAUGGCCAGCGCCCAGCACUCGCUCGGAUGCUUUCAGAGUUUGGGAUUUCACAUCAGAGCCUUUGGUUUGGCAGCUGCAGCCACAGCAGCCGGUGAUAAAGCCUGGAACUGACCCCGAACUUCUCAGAAUCUCUCAGCUCCUGGGGCCUCGCGCCCGGCUCCUCUCUCCACUGCUACAGGGAGCACACAUGUGGCCGCAGCCUGGGCACCAGCCGCCGGCAGAGGCUGAGGCAUGGCCGAGGGGGAGAUAACCACGUUCACCGCCCUGACCGAGAAGUUCAACCUGCCCCUGGGGAACUACAAGAAGCCCAAGCUCCUGUACUGCAGCAACGGGGGCCACUUCCUACGGAUCCUUCCUGACGGCAAGGUGGACGGGACGCGGGACCGAAGCGACCAGCACAUUCAGCUCCAGCUAAGCGCGGAAAGCGUGGGUGAGGUUUAUAUAAAGAGCACCAAGUCUGGGCAGUACCUGGCAAUGGACACCAACGGGCUCUUGUACGGCUCGCAGCUACUGGGCGAAGAGUGCCUGUUCCUCGAGCGGAUCGAGGAGAACCAUUACAACACGUACGUCUCCAAGAAGCACGCCGAUAAGAACUGGUUCGUCGGUCUGAAGAAGAACGGGAACAGCAAGCUGGGGCCACGGACUCACUACGGGCAGAAGGCGAUCCUCUUCCUCCCGCUGCCUGUGUCGGCCGACUGAGCCCCCACCCCGACCCGAGCCCCCUGUGCCGCCCUCCCUCUCGCUGCCCCUCUUUGGCUGGUCUGGCAGAGCCAACCAAGCGUUAGCGCUCCGAGCUUUAGGUAAAGGCUUUAACAAAACCAAACCAGAGCUACCCAGCCCCGCACGACGCUUCGCAGAGGUGGUGGAGAACCCCAGCACCUUGGCCUCACCACGCUGCCUGGGGUCAUGCUGGGGGGCUGAGGAUGCCCCAGGACAGCCGGACACAGGGGACGUGUACCUUCCCAGCCCGGCUGCCCUCCUGACCCAGCACCUCCCCGGGCACUGUGUUAAUGUAUUUAUCCAUCUCAGCACAUCGCUGCUAGUACGCCCUCCAAGCCAUUCCAAACCGCACCGUUAUUCAUGCCAUCGAGUCAACGCCUGGUGAGACACUUGCAGAUAGCCUCGUCGUGCUAAGCUAAACUAACAGCAGCCAAAAGCUCUGAGUCCGACAUCUUAGCCUUCCUUCCAACAUAAAUACUGCUAUAUUUCAUGCUAAUAUCAACCAUAUGUUAUUUGUAUUUAUUUAUUAAGUAAAUCUGUCUCUUACACAACCUGUCCGGAAGUGCUUGUAGGCACCAACAUGCCGAUGUUAUCCUGGAGAGGACAGAGCAGAGCGGGAGUGAUCAAAACCUGAUUUCGGGGCUCUGUGGAAAAGGCACCGGGGCCCUUUGGUGAGUCUGGGGUUUGGCCAUGGCAUGAUGCAGCCCGUGUUCCCCAGCACACCGCACCUGAGGCCCACACACAGACGUGGCCGGGCACUGAAUGGACUGAACUGAGUAUGGACAAGGGCAGGGAGCUGCAGGGAGCCCCACGUGUCGCAGCAAAGCGGCCAUGUCACAACGCUAUGCCAGGCAGGCCGCUGGCACCGCGGCAGGGCAACGCACUGGGGCCCAAGUUAAGGCCAGUCCUCUCCGUCAUAGAUGGAAUUUUCAAGCUGUAAAUAAAAUGCGCUGGUACAGCGGCAGAAUAAUAAAGUUUGAUAUGAAAUAUUG